CCAACACAAACAAAAAUCUUCACAUUUUACUUCUCUCUCUACCGGUUUUUGCUGUCAAAUGCCAGCAAAAAAAAAAAAAUCACUUUCGUCGUGUGUCGAACGUGUAUCACUUUUCUAUAAUCACAAAUUAAAGUCAAUAAUUUUCUCAUCAUUUUCCACGCAUUUCCUUCUCCAAAAUCGUCUCUAUCAAAUCCACUCCCCAUUCAGUACAAAACAAACAUCCAACUUAUACAUUUGCAAUGAGUGAGACUGAAAGAUCCAAACCCAAAGAAUCGCCAAGCACAUCAACGACCACAACGACGACCACAAGUUCUACUGCUUCUUCAUCGUCUUCGUCAUAUUCAACAACAGCCACAACAAGCAAGGUAAGUAGCAGCAGUAGCUCAACCACCAGCAGCAGCUCCUCUUCACACACACCAAGAUCUAGCUCCAGCAGCAGUUCAACAUCCUUCGGCAGCAGCAGUGUCAGCAGCACGACAACAAAACUUCCAAGUAAGCCACCGCCUCCGCUGCCACCAUUGCCACCACCUUCGCUCAAACAUCUGCCACCGCCGGCACCCGUUAGCCGGCCACCACGAACUCAAUAUCCAACAGCGUCGGCAAUUCGGAAAGCAUUUCUCAAUUAUAUGAAAGAUCCCGAAUGUUUGGACAAAGCUGCCGAUUAUCUUUACGAAUCGUUGCUGGAAGACGCUGUCAUGGGCAUUUAUUUGGAAGUGCAUCAUUCGAUUAAGAGUGGUUCGCUGGAAGCGAUUGAAGGACAGUCGGAAGAUGAUACAGCUUUUAAAAUAGUUGACACACCGAAUUAUGAUGUUUUUGGAAUGAGCAAGGCUCGCAAACCAAUUUAUUGCAAUUGCCCGAAUUGUGAUCGAUUGGUUGCGGUGAGUCGGUUUGCACCGCAUCUUCAAAAAUGCAUGGGAAUGGGAAGACAAACAUCUCGCACAGCAAGCCGAAGGCUUGCCAAUGCCAAAGAAGGCAGCUCCAGUUAUUUCUCAUCGAAUGUUAGCGAUGACGAAGACGAUGCAGACUGGUCAUCUGAUAAACGUCGAAAGAAAAUCCAAACAUCUCGAACAAAUGGUUCCAAGAAGAAUGGAAAAUCUUCCUAAUUAAACUGUAUUAUCAAUUAGGUUAAUCCAAAUAUAAUAAAUAUAGAAUUUAAAAAUUUAUUUCGGAGCACUUUUUAACUUGUAAAAUCCCUCAAACAAAAA